AUGAUAAUUGGAGGAACUGACACCCCCCAAUGGCUCAUGUUCAAGCGGACGAGAACAUCCACCGCAGAAGGGGGUCCGACCCGAGACCGCAUGCCCGAAGACACCCUCGCGUUCAGCGAAGAGGAUCUCGAGGCCAUGACAGAACCGCACAAUGAUGCGUUGGUGAUCUCGUUUCUUUCAAACAAUACUAAGAUGAAACGUGUGCUCGUGGACGCGGGCAGUUCGACCAAUAUAAUCAGAUCGGAGGUUAUGGGACGACUGGGGCUGCUCGAUCGAGUUACUCCCAUCUCUCGAAUCCUCCACGGCUUUAACAUGAUCGACGAGGUAGCGAAAGGGGAGGUCACCCUCUCGAUCGACAAGUCUGGUGCAAUUCAAAACACAAAAUUCCAGGUCAUCGAUGGUGACAUGAGGUACAAUGCAUUGCUCGAUAGGCCUUGGAUACACGGCAUGAGGGCAGUACCGUCAACCCUGCACCAGAUGAUAAAAUUUCCCACAAAGGACGGCGUAACAACCAUAUAUGGAGAACAGCGGGCGGCGAAGGAAAUGUUCGCAGUUUGCCACGAAGUGUCGGCCCCGCGGACCCGAUUUCUGGAAAGCCCAGGAACAUACAGGCCCCCGAGGACGACGAAGAAGACUACUCCACCCCUCGAACCUUCGUCGCACCCGAAGAAUCGGACGCAACUAAGUCAACAGUAG